AUGAUUUGUACCAUGAUUCGACACUUUAUGGGAAAGACCAUUGGUGCAUGCGUGUCAACGACAGACCAGGACUAUACUCAGUUCUAUUCACAGACUCGUCCCCAUGAAAAUCCUACAGAACUCGGGAACAAUCUUGGCCACUUCAUCAAAAAGGCGCUUCAUAAGUACUAUGUGGCUAACAAUCGUACACUCCCGGAUAAAAUCUUCCUUUAUCGCGAUGGGGUUGGCGACGGGCAAAUUCACUAUGUGAAGGAUCAGGAGGUAACUUUGGUGCAGAAAGCGUGUGAAGAAAUCGUGGAGAAGGAGAAGGCAAAACCUAUCAAGCUCGCUUUCAUCAUCGUCACGAAAAAGGUGAACAUGAGGAUUUUCAAAGGAGCACCCGAUGCACUGUUGACAAACCCGGAUCCUGGCACGGUUGUCGAUACGGUUGUCACACGUCCUGAGAGAUAUGACUUCUACCUUGUUCCACAAUUUGUGAAUCAAGGGACUGUCACACCGCUUGCAUUCAAGUUAUGCCACUUGUACUACAACUGGCAGGGAACAGUACGUGUACCGGCUCCAUGUCAGUACGCCCAUAAGUUGGCGUUCAUGGUAGCGCAGUCAAUUCAUAAUAAAGAAGUGAAUCAAGAGCUUCGCAGUAAGCUAUUCUUCCUAUAA